CAAGCAACAUGGCAAAAAUAAAAAGAAAAACACGAAUAAAUCCGCUAGAAGUAUCUCUUGACGCUCUCGAACUCGAAUGGAGGCCCAGGGCCCUGGGGCCACUUCUCUCUCUCCAGCGGAUGCUAUCAUGAUUCUCUCCAGCCUCCUCUCCUCCCCGUUCGCACUCCCUCCGCCUCUUUCCUCCGACCUAAACCCUUUUCCUAUCCCUAGCCCUAAUUUCUCCUCCUAUCCGCUACCGUUUCGAGCUCGCCACUUCCUCUGCCCCUGCCGCCGCCGCCGCGGCGCUUCAUGGGAUUCAAACGCGGAGUCCGUCCGGCCCGGGAGAUUCCGGUUCCGAGACGCCGAAGAAGGGGACGAAGACGGGGAUCCUUGGAGGAGCGGCAGGAAGAGGAGAUGGCGGUCCGAUGAGUUUUCCGAUGAGCUCGAGGAAGAAUUCGAUCCGUUUGGUGAUGAGGAUCCUGUGGAGGAGCCGCUGUGGGAUAGGAUUUGGAUCUUCAAGGUAUUCAAAGCAUAUGGCUAUAUGCUACCAGCUAUCAUCGCAUCGAUGCUUCUUGCAACAGGUCCAAAAGCUUUUCUAAUGGCCUUGGCUUUGCCUCUUGGACAGUCAGCACUUUCUCUAGCAAUUGAUAAGUUGUGGGGUAAGGCAAGCGAAGGGCCAAGAACCAAGCCCAAGACCAAGAAGAAGCCAUUUGCAAGGUCUGCCAGUGACUUUAAUGGACAAUGGCAAGACGAAAGCAGUGGUGACUACAGGGAAAGGCGGGGCUAUCAGUCGUGGGUAUCUGCAGAUGGUGGUUCUGCUGCUAAGGGGAGUGACUCACAAAGACCCAGUUUUGGAGGAUGGGAUGAACUGGAUGGGCAAGGGGAGCCUAGAAAAGGUUCUGCGAGAGGGCAACCAGCUACAGCAAAUAGAUCACCACCCAAGGGUGAGCCAGUGAAGAAGGGGAAGUUGUCGAAGAGAGGAAGAUACAGGGAUGUACCUCUGUUUUUGAGACUCUUGAUUGCAGUUUUCCCAUUCUUGGGUUCAUGGACUAGGAUACUGUAGUAUGAAGCAUGACCAGCAGGCAUCCCGGUAAUGAGAACAUCAUAAUCCAGCAUCUCAUCAGCGCCUAAACACAUAAAAUGCGAGAGGAGGAUCAGCAAGAGCAACAGCAGCAAUUGUUAUAUUAAUUCGUGUUGGGCAAGAGAAUUAAAAGCUCGCCCACCCAUCUGUAAUUUCAGAUCCUACUUAAUCAAGAUUGCUCAUUCUUUUUGAACAGCUCCAGAUCUAUACGAAUGCUUGUAAUUUGGGAAAGCAGUACCAUGAAAUCAGGAACAUGGUGGGGUUGUUAUCUUCAGGAGGAAUGGCUGUAUCUUUGAAGUAAAUGUCUAUCAUACAAGUAUCUUUCUGAUAUUCAGUUACAGUCUGUAAGAUAAACUGGUGUAAAACAUGCUAGAACAUGAUCAAUUUAAUUUCUUUUGCUA